AAAGGUAGAAACUAGAAACACGUAUUAUCUAAGAAGCAGCUAAAUGAGGGUCUUGAUUCAGUUUUCUCUGCAACCUAUGAAAAAGGAACACAGAAACUGAAGCUCAGUCUUAAAAGAGAGAAGAGUGGAAGGGAAAGUGAACUUCAUACAUAUAAAAUCCAUGCCUUCCUCGAUCAAAGUUCACUCUAAACCCACAUGGCUGAUCUCCUUCUUCAUCCUCUUCUCUCUGUCCUCCUCCGAUCCCAGAACCUCCGAAGCUGGGCUCUACUGCAGCCCAGCCAAGUCAACGGACAAAAACUUUGUCCCCGUAUUUGUAAAAGAAAUGGAGUUUCUAUCACAGCUCGUCACCCUCAACCUAUGGGGUUCUCAUUUUGUGAACUCGACACCACCCAUGUACGGCUUGGCCCAGUGCCAUCAGGACCUUUCUCACCUUGAUUGCCUCCUAUGCUAUGCCGCCGGCCGCACCAAGCUCCCCCGAUGCCUCCCUGCCACCUCUGCCCGUAUCUACCUUGAUGGGUGCUUCCUGCGAUACGACAACUAUAGCUUUUUCAGUGAAUCUGUGGACCCAGAUCAUGACACCGUGAACUGCAGUUCUGGGAGUGGGGCGAUUGUGGAUCAGGGUGCAAAGUUAGAGUUUGUCAAGAAUGUUCAUCGAGUGAUCAAUAAUGUGACCGCCACUGCAGUAGCGAAUGGUGGGUAUGGUGUGGCAGUGGUGGAGGGAGGAGCGGUGGGAGUGUAUGCUUUGGCAGAGUGUUGGAAGACAGUUAACAGUAGUGGAUGCAGAGCUUGCUUGCAGAAGGCAAGCAAUGAAGUGAGAGGGUGUCUUCCAGGAAAGGAAGGGAGAGGGUUGAAUGCUGGCUGCUACUUGAGGUAUUCAACUGAAAAAUUCUAUGAUAAUGGAGGGGAAUCAGAGGGUGGUAGUGGGUCUUCAAGAACAGGGCUCAUCAUAGCCAUCGUUUUAGCUGCAGCAGCGUUAAUCCUGGUUUCCCUCUUUGCUGCCUAUGCAGGAUAUGCAAGUUUGUCCAAGAUAAAAGAAGAACGCAAAAAUCUCGGAAAGGUUUCAUCUAUUAUCAACAAGUCUAGUUUGAAUUUCAAAUACGAAACACUUGAGAGGGCAACAGAGUACUUUAAUCCAUCAAGGAAAUUAGGCCAAGGGGGAGCUGGUUCUGUGUACAUGGGGACUCUCCCAAAUGGAGAAAUUGUGGCUGUCAAGAGGCUAAUUUUCAACACCAGGCAAUGGGUAGAUGAGUUCUUCAAUGAGGUAAACUUGAUCAGUGGCAUUCAACACAAAAACCUUGUGAAGCUUUUGGGAUGUAGCAUUGAAGGCCCUGAGAGCCUCCUGGUUUAUGAGUAUGUACCCAACAGGAGCCUUGAUCAGUUCAUGUUUGAUAAGAACAAGAUUCAAACCUUGAAUUGGGAGCAGAGGUUUGAUAUAAUAGUAGGAACAGCUGAAGGGCUUGCAUACCUUCAUGGCGGUUUGCAGAUGCGAAUAAUCCACAGAGACAUAAAAGGCAGCAACAUUCUUCUUGAUGAGAAUCUAACUCCAAAGAUUGCCGAUUUUGGACUUGCUCGGUGUUUAGGGGCUGAUAAGACUCAUCUUAGCACAGGCAUUGCAGGAACACUAGGGUAUAUGGCUCCUGAAUAUCUUGUUCGAGGACAACUUACAGAGAAAGCAGAUGUUUAUAGUUUUGGUGUACUUGUUCUCGAGAUUGUAUGUGGUAGGAAGAACAGUGUCUUCAUACAGGACUCCGGUUCUCUUCUACAAACAGUUUGGAAGCUAUACAAGUCAAAUAAAUUGGUUGAAGCUAUUGAUGAUUGCCUGAAAGAUGAUUUUCCAGAAAAGGAGGCAUCUGAUGUGCUCCGAAUUGGGCUUUUAUGUACACAAGCUUCAGUUGCUUUGAGACCUUCCAUGACUGAAGUGGUUUGGAUGCUAACUCAUAAAGAUUGGGAGAUUCCUCCACCAAAUCAACCUCCUUUCCUGAAUGCUCAUGUGCUGGAGUCAGCUAUCUCCAGGUCUAAUAGUGCAAACACUUCAAUGUCAAAUAUGGCAACAAAGAUUGAAGUGUCCGGCCCUUUCACAGAGUCCUCCAGCAUGCACAGUUCCAUGGACCAUCAAGAAGAACAGAAACUGAUGCAGUAGAAGAUCAGUUUGAACUUCCAACAAUUUCAGGAUACAUCAGUUCAAGCUAAUCAGUGAAUCCAGAGGCUCAUCUAUGCAGUCUUUUGGAAAUAUAGUUUGCACAAUUUCAAUGGGAAAAAACUGCAUUUUGGAAGUUCCAAUCAGUUAGGACUUUGCAAGGAAGAAGAAUGAGGCUUUCACACGUUUAAAAGCAAAGAAAUUCUCAACAAGGUUACAGUCAGUCAGGAGUUUACUAGGAAGGAAAACGGGGUGUUCACAUAAUUUAAAAGGCAAGAGAUUCCCCAAUGAGGGUAGCUUCAAAGUUUGGACAUCUAAAACUAUGAUUUUUAGAUGCAGGGCAAGGGAUAGAGGGAAGUACUUGGUUUUUUGACACAAAAAGUUUUCAACCCUCAUGUUGUACUAAAAAAUGUUUUCUAUAAAGUUGAAUGAUCUAUGUGGUUGUUUGAGACCCACUUGCUCUACCAUUCUAUCUACUCCCA